UCACUCCUCCCAUGCUUGCAAUAACUCGCUGCCGCUUGCUUUUUCAGUCAGUGAGGUAACUUCAUUCAGCCAUUUCUUUGUGGAGAACGACGACUGAGAGAUCAGAAUUCACUUCAUUCACCCAAGCAAGCAAUCAUGGUCCAAGCAAAGACGUGGAUUCUGACCAAGCACUUUGACGGCUUCCCAAAGGACAGCAACUUUAAGCUGAAGGUGGAGGACCUCCCUGAGCCCAAAAAUGGGGAGGUGCUUUUGGAAGCUGUGUUUCUCAGCGUCGACCCAUACAUGAGGCCGUUCAGUCGUCUUAGCAUGAAAGAAGGUGAUGUAAUGAUAGGAGGUCAAGUAGCCAAAGUGAUCCAAAGUAAAAACCCAGCAUUCCCCGUGGGAAGCCAUGUUGUUGGUAACUGCGGCUGGAGAACCCACACAGUCUGCGAUGGUACGGGCCUCAUUCCCAUCAUGCCCGACUGGCCGAAAGACGUGUCGUUGUCCCUGGCUCUGGGUAUCAUGGGCAUGCCAGGACUGACGGCUCUGUACGGGAUCGAAGAAGUCUUGGGGCUCAAGAAGGGCGAGACCAUUCUGGUGAACGCAGCAGCGGGGGCGGUGGGCUCCGUGGUGGGCCAGAUUGCCAAGAUCAAGGGCUGUAAGGUGGUGGGGUCUGCAGGGUCCGAUGCCAAGGUGGCUUUCAUCAAAGAGCUGGGCUUUGACGAGGCCUUCAACUACAAGACUGUUGGUUCCCUGGAGGAGGCACUGAAGAAGGCUUCUCCAGAGGGAUAUGACUGCUUCUUUGAAAACGUGGGAGGCCCUUUUUUCACUGCUGCUGUGCAACAGAUGAAGACCUUCGGAAGAAUUGCUGUGUGUGGAGGUAUUGCGACGUACAAUGACGCUACGCCCCAAACAGGCCCAUACCCCCACCUCAUCAUGAUCUUGAAGGAGCUUAAGAUGGAGGGCUUCAUGCAGAGCAGGUGGAAUCACAAGAACGAAGAGUCCCUCAAGAGGAUGAUGGGGUGGUUGAAAGAGGGCAAACUGCAGAGUCGGGAGCACAUCACAAAAGGCUUUGAAAACAUGCCAGCCGCCUUUAUGGGGAUACUGCGGGGAGAGAACAUCGGCAAGGCUGUCAUCGCAGUCUGAUGUGGAAACGCAGAAUCAGUGGAGAAGAAUCAGUAGCUCCUAUAAAAAUAAUCAGUAUUAUUAAUAAUUAACACAUAAUUACAGCAUUCAUAAAUGAAGGACUGAGCAAUAGACACAACUACUAGCUAACUGCUAACUCAGCUACUUUCACACCGACAUGAUGCUCAUGUAGCUCAGAAGAAUAUCUUUGUGAUCACAAUGACAAAUUCCGGCUGUUAAAUUCAAUCUUUAGAAUUCGGAUGGCGUUACGGAACUGAGCCAUCCUACUAGGUUUGGAUUUUCAGUCACUUUCAGUUUUGUUUGAAAUGCAUUUAAAAAAUAAAGUCAAAA